AUAAUGUCUCAUCAAACUGGAAUACAAGGUUAGCUUAUAAUUUACGUUUUAUGUUCCGAUGCUAAGCUGAAUGCAGGUUUUUCCCUGUAAACAUUUUUUUUUGGAAUUUUGCUUUGAUUCCGCCUUCUGCUGAAAUCAGCUGAAAUAUGUUGCUGGCGACUUGGUGUUUCUGUUUUAAAUCUAGGGGAACUCAGUAGAUCCCUUAGAAACUUCUUUCUUUUGAUUUUCUUCAACUGAAAAACAAACAAACAUCAAUGAUAGGUAGCAAGGUAAGUUUCCAAAACAUGAACACAAAAUUAUAUUAAACUGAAAUGAAUUCUAUCCAAGCUUGAGUUCACUUUCGACCAUGGCAUGCCCAAUUGCUUGUACAAUAUUUAUGAAUGGCAGUUGCCAGGCUUUCUUUGGCGGAUAAUUUACUGAUCAAACUGUUUGGGCUUGCUGUGUGCUUUCAAAACGGAGAGAAAUAGAUUUAAUUGUUAUAAUUGAUUUCUGAUUGUCUGAUUUUUUAGUGACAUUUGGCCUUUUCCGGAAGAAGCGGUGUGGGUUUAAGGGUGGGAGGGUGAGAAACAUAGGCAAUUUUAAGUCGAAUGAAAAGUAGACACUUGUCGCGUUAACUGAAAGAAAGAAAGAUAUCUCGACUUUAGUAACUGACCUUAUCUUUUUUCAGCUAAUGACCAACUUAAGGCUGUGUUUGCUGAAGCAAAGGAGGGAAACAUACGACUUAUUGCAGUUGAUAUUCAGGAAGGUAUGUUAUUGAGGCAAAAUGGUUGGGACACUUUGGGGGAAGUCCCCUCAAUGUUGGUGUCCCUAGUCUGAAACAACUUUUCAAAAGCAGUCGUUUUAAAGUGUCCCAACUAUUUUAGUCUGAGACUGUAGUCUGAAUUUCAAAAGCAGUUGUUUGCAUAUUGAAGAGGAGGUCAUUUGCUGUCGGUGUUAUACUUGUAUUUGCGAUUUUCGCUGUCUCUGUUGUGGUUUCAACUCAUGUUCAUGUCAUUUCAUUUGUCUUAUGUCGCUGUUUCGAGGCCAUGUCACUUGCUGGAAUUUUACCCUAACAGGGCCAUUCUAUUGGGAUUUACUGUAUCUUUUAGACAAAAAAGUUAUGGCAGUGUAUCAAUAACUUGACAUGGCCUUGAAAUACCGGCAAAGGAAAUGACUUCCUUAUCAAUUCCUAAAGAUAACUUAAGAAAAAAUUGAGAAUGUAAUGAUAACAUUUUAUUCUUUGCUUCUUCAGAGGAAUUAACAUGCCUUGACACCAAGGAACCAGUAGGAGACUGGGAAAAUGAUAUCCUUUGAUAGCGAGCAUUGAUUUUUGUUGAUUAGAGAUUAAAGCUGCCACGAACCAGCUACACCCACAUACACUGUACACUGUACUACAACCAAAGCUCUCGUGAGCGACCACCUCGGAAAUUCAAAAAAGUUUUCAUAACUAGAGCUGGUCACUUACAAGAAUUAGCUCUUGUAAGCAACCGCAUGAUAAAACAAUAGAGGGUGGUCGCUUACGAGAGAUUAAAAAAUUCAUUAAUGAUUCAUAAAGAAAAACAAGAGAAAUUAAUGUUUAAUGAGUGUCUUUAUAUCCAAUAUAGACACAGCUAAACUUUACGUUCAAUGUGCAGUUUCUACAACUGAAGAAUUAAUUUGUAUGAAUAAGACUCUGAGUGGUCGCUUUCGAUAACUAAACAGAAAGCAAAAAUCUAGUUGAGUGAUAAUACCGUUCUUACCCUCUGUUGCUAGUUCCAGCUUGAAUAAAUCUGAUCUGAACCUUGACUGUUUUCACAUUAUGAUGAGGCCAUUCAACCAUUUUUGAAAAAGGAGGAACCUUGUUACUUGUUUUAUCGAUUGGAUUCGAAAAACAACCAGGGAUAUGAGUGGUUGUUUAUUUCUUAUUCCCCUGAUUUUGCCAAGGUAUGUACCGCACUGUCCUUCAUUUUUCCCUUGGAUCACAUGUAAUGCAUUUCUCCCCCAUUUUCCAAGGCUAUCCACUUUAUUUAUGCUGUAAUUAAUAUUUCUCUCUGGUUAAAACAUUUUCAAAGCAGUCUGAUUUUUGUUUCCCUUGGUUGUAGAUUAUGUUACAAUGUACAUAAUGUAUCUCAGACAAAAGAAAUGCAAUAAAAUGAUAAGUACUAAUAAUAUUAUUAGAUUGAAAAUUUUCAAAUCAAAGAAAGAUUUGAACCUCAUCAUUCAUAUAAGAACCAUUAAAAUUCUGGUUGUAAGGCUUGCCCAGGGCUGACAUUGUUAUAAACAUUUUUAAGGCCUUUCUGCAGGGCUUAAGUUUUCAGAGGAGGGGUUAGAGUUAGAAGGGUUAAUUUUUGGUAGUUGGAUGGAACAUUGUUUUAGCGCCUUUUCAAUUGCAAAUUGUAGGUCAUUACCCCCCGGUAACUAAAAAGUCAUCCACCAUGCAGUAGCCUAAAGUUGAAGAAAUGUUGUACUUGUAAAAGUUGUUUAGACAGUCAGGGUUGUUACAAGUUAGCGUUUUGUACUCUUCAGCCUCAGCGAAAGAUGUUGUUUGCUGGCACAAAAGCAACACUUAAGAAGGAGUUUGGUGGAGGACAUAUAAAAGAUGAGAUGUUUGGUACUCUACCGGUAUGUACUGUGCUUGGUGACCUUUUUGAAACCUUGUGACACUCAAAGAGCAGUCAUCUCGUAUUUCCUUUGCUUCAAGCCAGUGUGAAACUAUAAGGAAAUAGGAGAUGUCUGUAUGUAGGCUAUUAAUUUGUAUAGCUAACUACAGUUGUUUUACGGGUACAUGUACUUCAUGCUGUUCAAUAAUGUGAACAUGUUUGUACAAUAUUUAGGGUGAUGUUUUGUUAAGUGGUUAUAAGAAGCACAAAGAUCAUGAAAGUGCCCCUCCUCCACUCACAGAUCAGGAACUGGAAUUAGAAUUGGUCAAACAACAGGAGGUUAGAAAGAGGAUAUCAUUUUUACUUAAAGGGAACCUCCACUCUUACUACAGAAUAAGUUUAAAUCGAAUAAAAUUAUGUUGAUAAACAAAUUUGUUCGAAAUUUGUCUUAAAAAAAGUGUUUAUAUCAGGAAAAGUGAAUUUUAAAAUCGCUUAUUGUCACUUUCAAAUUUCGCGGGCGCCGCCAUCUUGAAUAAUUGUGACGUAUUACGGUUGCUCUAUUGUUCUGACACAAAGCUUUUGUUUAAUAACAAUAGGGCAACCAUUACACGUCACAAUUAUUCAAGAUGACGACACCCGCAAAAUUUGAAAACAAAAGUAGGCGAAUCUAAAAGUUAUUUCUUUCGGAUACAAACGCUUUCUUGAAAAAUAUUUUAGAUUGACUUGACUGUAACAGUUAUUUCCUGUGAUUUAAAGUUGUCUUUUUGUUGAAGUGGAGGUUCCCUUUAAAGCUGUUACAAUGUGUUGUUUAAAAAGCAGGACUGAAAAAAUGCUCUUGAAUUUUAGCUUACUCCUUGGACUGCAAGCAGCUCUCCCUUUUGGGGUCACUGCUUGCAUUUCUUAGAAUAUAAAUUGCUCAGUAAAAAUAUCUGCCUGUCCCAAAUUUUUUUGUGAGCCCUGAAAAGUUUAAGUUCCAGAGCAAUCAUAUCAUUUUAAUGCGUUCAUUUUCCCACCUUGUCAUGUAAAUUACAGUGAAAUAAUUUUAUUCCUGUUAUCAUAGAUUGUGCAAAAAUGGUGAUUAAUAUCCACCUAAGGCGCAAUUGAACGAUAAUCAAAGUAUUUGAGCACUUAUUCCAUUCCACAAAUAGCAAUUCAUUUGUACCCAUUGUUAACCAAAAGUACUUUUAGAAGUACUGGGUUGAGUGAGGAUCAGUCCUUAAUUCUGGUGACCACCCUUGUUUUAUAAAGCACUGAUAUAAAGGGGAAAUUUUGGGGCUCAAACGGGUUAAAUCUUUGUUAUUCUGCCUAAUCUGUAUUGCAUUACAGCUGUAUAUCUAAAACAGAAGAAAUAUUUUUUCUUUUAAUACUAUUAAUUUACCAUAUAGGAAAGUACCCAGAAAAAAAUACUGUUUUCUAACUCUGACAUCUGUCAUCCCUUGGUUCCUGCGUUGUUUUCUUUCUGUGAUAAAGACUUGAUUUACAUUUUGUUUCCCAGAUGCGAACAGACAUUAGUGUUGACAGCAAGCAGAGUCACAUGACUGGUGUUCAGUUCCCCGUGUCUGAUGAAGGUCUGGCCAAACUGGCAGAUCUUAAGGAACAUAAAUUAAGCCUGGUUCAAUUAGUAAGUAUAUUAUACUGUCAUAUUAUUACAAAGUGCACCCCAUAAAAUGAAAAAAAGAAAAAUGAAAAUUGAAAAACCACUACAGCAUAAUUUAGCUGAAGAUGUUCAGGGUUCAAAGAAAGUCAGUUUUAUUGGGGAAAGCUGUAGCUAGCACGUACUAGCCCAAGAGUUGUAGCUUUAUAUUAAAUUGUUAAUGCCUGAUGUAUUUACCGUGUUUUUAAAUAAAGAUGAUGAUGAUGAUGAUGAUGAUGAUGAUGAGUCAUUUCAAAAAAAAAUUACUUGUUGGGAUGAUGAGAUUAAAGAACCCUAUUACACUGUACAUUCAUACAUACAUUCCAGUUAUUUAACCUCGAAUUUAGUGUAGCUAAAUAUGAGCGAGUUACAAGUAUAGUUCUAAAUACUGUUAAAAUUGUGAAAUUACAACAUUCCAAAAUUUUGUACCAUUACAUACUGUAGAAUCUUGCACUUGAAAUUAGACAAGUUAGAAGUUGUAAAAGAAUCUGGAAUAUCUAACUUUUAUGAGACCCUCAUAGAGUUAAAAUUCCACCCAUGAGAGUUCAUAAUAGACUAUACGCUGUGCAUCGUUACCGUAAAUCCUCUAUUAAGCCCCCCACUCUUAUAAGCCUAGACUACGAGUAGUCCCCUAUUUUUCCUCAGGGAUAGUAGAGCGAGCGUGUCGCCUUUUCUCGCGUGGGGUAAUUUUCACGCGCGCCCGCGUUUCGCUCGCUCUACUAUCCCUGAGGAAAAAUAGGGGACUUCUAAUUAAGCCCCCCAUUCAGGGAAGACCCCCUAUUCAGUUAAUUAAUAAGCCCCCCUCUCUUUUAAGCCUUCCCCCCCCACCUAAUUAUUCUUUACUAAUAAAUGAUAGACUGUAUUAAUCAAUCACGACCGUAAAACUUUGUGUGGACUGAUCCGGGAUUGUUUAGUUUGGCUUUGAUUCUGAUCCUCGGCUGCUUGACCUGAAACUUCUUGUACCUGAGCUUUUCAACGUUGUAUUCUAGUUCUUUAUAAAGAACUGAUACCAUCGUCGUUUCUAAAUAAAAGAAGCCCCCUCUCUCAAAUAAGCCCCCAUCUCUAUUAAGCCCCCCCCCCUCAAAGGGCUUGAGAUAAAUAAGCCCCCCCACCUUGGGGGCUUAAUAGAGGAUUUACGGCAUAUCACGUUCUGUGAAUAAUCAUGGAUUCUCUCCCAUGAUAAAGGAACUUAACAUACAAGAUGAAACAAUUGUAUUGGCGGACGCAAAGGAGGAUGUUACCGCAAGUGAUUUGUCCAAGCAUGUUCCCGAUGACAAAGGAAGAUAUAUUUUCUACCUAUUUAAACAUACUUUCGAGGGAGACUACCUGGAAUCUAUAGGUAGGAGGAAACUCUUCAGUUCAUAUCAUAAACAAGUGGUAAAUCUUUAAAAAUGAUAGAUAACAACAACUGGUUGAACAGAGCAAAUGGUAUUAGUAGCGCACACGAAGAGACUACAUUUUAGCAGUGCUCUAAUAACUCGUUCCUUUAGAAUGAAAUGAGAUAUAGAAGUUGGGCAAUAAGUUGGGUAUUUUUGGUACACUUCUUCAAAUUCACCACGUUAGAAACGUGAAGACUUCUGGGAUUGAUACUAAAGAAAAGGAAACAGGAGCGUAUUUCGCCCCCCAGUUUUCCCUCUGGUUUCUAACGAAGCGACUUGAACGAACCGUUAUUUUUGGCGUUUUUGCUAUUAUCCAAAUGGUGGCAUAAAUUAGUAAAAAUACCACCAUUAAUGAUCUUCAUUCAUGACAUUUAUUUAUUUUAGUCAUAAAUUCAAAAAUAAUGAAAAUGAAGACUGUAACAGAGCUAAUCGAGUCUCCUUGGCAGCCGCGCGCUCGGGCCGGAGUCAAGCAAUGCGCGCGCCCGCUUGCGUGACUCCGGCCCGAGCAGCUGCGAAGUCGAGGACUGUUGACAACAAACCGAGUUAUACUAAAUGCAAAUACUACAAAUAAAAUUUGUUAUAAGAAAAAUGGAAAAAGUUGAAAUGACCCACUGCUCUAUGUCAAAAGAAGAGUCGGUAGAACGAAGACUGAGACAGAUGAAAGAAGAGUUGAAAUGAGUUGAUUCGAUUCGAGUGAUUCGAGUCGAUUCGAAGUGUUUGAACUACCGCCGUCGUGGUCUCUUACCGCUGACCAUAAGCUGCUCCGCCAUCGACAUGAUUGUGUUGUCUUGCAGUGUUCGUAUACUCAAUGCCUGGAUACAAGUGUUCCAUUAAAGAUCGUAUGUUAUAUUCCACAUGCAAAGGACCGUUACUGGAUGUGGCUACUGACAGAGUUGGGCUAGAAAUCGCAAGAAAGGUAAAUAAUGAAGUUUCUUCGAUCCUAGUUUCACGAUGAAAAGACAGCUUUUCACUUUGGUACAACCCGAAGAGGAGCAAGGAUUGGGAAAGUGGGUUAGUGCGCGGCCUUCUGUGCUGGAGAUUUCGAUUUCGAUUCCCAGAUGUGACCUCAAAUCCUUGUCUCGAUUUCUUUCCUUUCUGUGUAGCUUUAACUGAGUAGCGUUAACUACCCGUAGAACGUAGCAGUGAUGGAGAGAGGGCUUGGGCGGGGGUAAAAUGAGUGCACCGUCGGCCUCAGGUUUGUCAAUUUAGUUACGAGUUACCGACGUAAACUUUGUUACUGGCUCCCAAAAACAACUCAUUAGUAAGAUUCGCGGGUGAAACGACGGUGGCCAUGACUGGGCCAUGUUUGGGUUCCAGUCCUCAUUUUCGUUCGUUUUCCCUGCUUUUGCUUGAAUCCCUGUUCAGUGGGCUUGCAACCAGACAUCUCUCAUGCCCCUGAAGCAAGGAAGAUACGAGCCGUUUGCUCGCCGACUGUGAAAAUCCUGUCCCUAGACAGCAAUAGUGGAACCGCGUAGCAAUCGCUUCGGCUUCCGAAUCGCACCCAACUCAGCAUUGCUUUAAUAAUUUACCCGACGGGGAGGGGGACCCUCCGCUUUUCCACCCCUUCCUCUUCGCGUUUUUGCUCUCGCUUAAACCUUUUGCUUUUGCACUGAGCUUGCAUCGCACAGAAAAGCUUGCCACUCAGGCUAAAGAUGCUCUCGACUCUUUGUCUUUUUACUACACUUGAUACAACGUUUUGAAUGAUUGAGUCAGUGAUUGAUUGAUUGAUUGAUUGAUUGAUUGAUUUUAGAUUGAAACUUCAGACCCUCAUGAGUUGAAUGAAGAGUACCUACAAGACCAAGUCCACCCCCGAAGGGAUCUCAUUAGGCAGAAGUUUGCCAAGCCCCCAAAGCCAGCUGGGAGUCGAGGACCUAGGAGGCUCCAUAAUUCUUCAGGGGCGGGGGCUAGUGCGGAAUGAUUCGCCUGAAAAAGGAACCAGAAGAACAAUACUUGUAUUUUUCUUUUACCAUAGAGGUUUAAUAAGAAAUAGAUUGUCGUUUUCUACGUACAUAUACUGAAUGAAACAUAAAUUUGGGACUGUUAUUUUUGCUGACAGGAUUUUGUUACAGUUCUCUGAAGAGAAAAUACUCGAGCAAAAUAUAUGAUAGCUUCGCAAAAAUAUCUUCCUGAAAUGUUUUGUUCUAGUAAAUCGCUUAUAUGUAUAUAAAGCAAUUUAAACAUACUUUCAUGUAGGUAGUUCAGUUCUUUUGAUUUAUAUGAAACAUUAUUGCACGUUUUAACUAGUCAGUUACUGAGCGUUAAAGCGACAGAUACCGUAUUUCACGGAAAAAUCGCCGUCCUCAAUAUUAGGGACCUUAAGCAUCGACGACGAAAUGGGACGACGACGCCGACCGGAAGUGAAAUUUUCCCGCGCGAACCCUCUGGGCAUGCGUAAGGUUGUGAAAACGUCGUCCAGCCUUCGUCGACGACGUAAUUCAGGGAGGUUUGCCGUCGUCGCUAAAACGUAAGUAUAAAACUAUACUUUUUGCGUGUAAAUCACUCUUUUCCCCCCUUGUCAUUCAGUACAAGUAGAAAUAUAUUCUUUGUGGAUUAGCAGAAUCCAAAUGUUAAACACUUUGUCGGUUUCUUCGCCUGCUAACUUGAAUUUAUUUUUCAGGUUCGGUUUGUUUGAAAACCUGAGUGAUGGCGGAACAACAAGUCGGACAGACAAGUAAGCUUUCCUCUGCUAUCUUUCGAACCUUUUAGAUUAGCUGCUGUUCGUUCCCUUACGGUCCUAUGUUUACUCAUGCAUUCUAGGUUGUACUAUAGGAUAAAUGUUCAUUUUUUCGUACUAAGAUUUAAUAAUUUCCCAUGUUGUUUUUAGCCGCUAUUAAAGGCAACUAUUUUCCAGUGGACUCAGCUGGAACAUGAUGUGACUAUGAGGAACCCUGAGAGAGGAAAAAUAUUGGAGAACAUUGUAGCAGCACUGAAUUCUCUUCAGCAGCCGAAAUUUAGCUUAAUUGCAAGUCAAGAGCUGUUCGAGAUCGGUAUACAGGUCUAACUUCAUUUCAAAACAAAAACAAAAGCUGUGCGACGAAGAGAAAGCCUCCACAAUCAAUUAAUCCAGGUCCUAAAGAACAAUGAAUUCGCCAUCGUCGAUUAAACCAUCUUCAUACCUUAUAAAAUGCAAAUUACGGACGUCUUUGAAUGCCCUAACAAGACUGUAACAAGACAAAGUUCUUCGCAAAGAAAAAGUCGUCGUCCGUCUGGGAAGCUGCACUGCUUAAACUUCGUUUUCCCCGCCGAAAACGAAACCCUUGGCCCAGUCUGCCUCGGUUGCGAAGCGUCGUCGUCGUCCGUUUCGUUGUCGAUGCUUAAGGUCCCUAUUCCCUUCUUAUCUACUUCCACCCUCCCCUCCAUCUCCCCCUCGGGUUUUGUAUUAUUUUAACCCUGCCACUU